GGCCGCUGAGCCCAGCAGCUGCAGCUGUGGCCAGCUGAGCCUCGGGGGCUGGGACAGGGCGGGUCCGGAGCGGGCUGGGGGCGGGGCCGCGCCGAGCUCCUGCCCGAGUCCUCGGUCUCCGCUACCGCUCACAUGACGCCGCCGCUGCCCCGCGGCGAGAGGGGGCGGACUGGCGGGGCUGGGUGGCAGGCGCUGGAAUUGGAGCACCUAGAGCGGCCACCCUUCGGGGUCCCCCAAACCACGGUCUGCAUCUCAGGCUUUCAGUAGGAACUUUCUCUGACUGAAGUUGCCGGGUCCCUUCCCUUGUUCUGCCCCCCCACCCCCUCCCCGCUUCCGUCCUGCCGCCCCACCUCCCUGGUCUCCCCCACAAACUCCCUCUUCCAGGGGCUCCUCAUUGUUCAGCGCCCCUUCUCCCUGCCUCUUCCUGGCCUCCCUUUCCCCCAUCUUCGCCCCCGCCCCCGGCCGCCUCUCCUCCAGCUCUUUCCACUCCCCCCCCCCCCCCUCCCCAGCUCUUCUCGUCCAGCCGCUUCAUUCCUUUCCUUCUCUUCUUCCACCGUCCCGCACUCCGACGGCAUUUCCCCUGGAUCCCGCAUCUCCCACAGUGCCCUCUCCGCUCCUGGAAGCCCUUGGCCAUGCUGCUCCCCCAGAAGCCUGCGCCCCCCACCGAGAUCUAUCCUUCGGAGAAAAUCGUGGUCCUUCUGUCCUGCGUCCUCUCCUUCUUGGGCUCCAGCCUCCUCAUAGGCACCCAUGCCCUGUGGCCGGACCUGAGGAGCCGAGCUAGGCAGCUGCUCCUCUUUCUGUCCCUGGCGGACCUGCUCUCUGCCGCCUCCUACUUCUAUGGGGUCCUCCAGGACUUCCCCGACACCACCUGGGACUGCGUGGUGCAGGGCGCCCUCUCCACUUUCGCCAACACCAGCUCCUUCUUCUGGACCGUGGCCAUCGCAGUUUACUUGUACAUCACCAUCGUCCGCAGCAGCCAGGGCCCCUGGGCUGGGACCCGGCUUCUCUAUUGCUUCCACGUCGUCAGCUGGGGUGUUCCACUAGCGAUCACUGUGGCUGCCGUUGCCCUGAAGAAGAUCGGCUACGAUGCCUCUGACGUGUCUGUGGGCUGGUGCUGGAUCAACAUUGAGGCAGAGGACAGGCUGCUGUGGAUGCUGCUGGCGGGGAAGUUCUGGGAGCUGCUGGCCUACCUGGUGCUUCCCCUGCUCUACAUUCUCAUCCGGAAGCACAUCUGCAGGGCGCAUGCUGCUCUCUCGGAGUACCGGCCCCUCCUGGCAGAGACCCACGCGUGCCAGCACCGGACCUCAGUGGCUGAUAAGAAGCUCAUUCUCAUCCCUCUCAUCUUCAUCUGUCUGCGAGUCUGGAGCACGGUUCGAUUCAUCCUGACCCUCUGUGACUCCCCUGCUGUGCAGACGCCUGUGCUGGUGGUCUUACAUGGAAUCGGGAACACAUUCCAAGGAGGUGCCAACUGCAUCAUGUUUGUCCUCUGUACACAAGCUGUCCGAGCCCGGUUCUGCUCUCUCUGCUGCUGCUGCUGCCAAUGUUUGUCCCGCUCGGGGGAGAAUCCCGGUGACCCUUAUUGGAGCCCCUCGCUCUCAAGGACAGGAGAAUCCCCCCCUUCCAAGUAGACCCAGACUGAGUCACCCACUUCCUGCCUGGAUCCUCGGGGGACUUCUGGCUUCCUGGAGCACCCCGCACCCCCUCUGCCAGAGCUGGUGACUUUGGGCAGGGGAUUGGGUUGCACAGAGUGUGUGUUUGCUGCUCAUAGAGCUUUCUCUCAUCUGUGUGCCCAAAUGUGGGGAUGGAGACUGUGUGCUCCAGUUCUACUGGGUCCUGGAUUCUUGGGCAAUAUUUUCCCAUGUGACCUGCCCAGUGGGAGGCUGGGGAGCCUCUGUCUUCGGGGCACCUGCUUGCACACACACACACACACACACACACACACACACACAGCUCAGAAGGUGGAGAAGAAACCAAGUCUCAGGAUCUCACCAGCUUGCAAUUCUGCAUUAAUAUUAUUGGCCAAGGAGGAAAGGCCAAUCACAGAGCAGGGUUCAUCAGUCUUUCUGAAGCACUGGGCUCCCCUCUAUGAGCUGGGAAGAAGUAGGUGGGAGGUGGAAUCUGCCCAACCAGAUGCUUCCCAGAGGCUAACCUACUUCAUGCCAGGAAACUUUGAGGAAGUCAGUCUAAUUCUUACCAGUCCCAGUUUACUGAUCCGUGAAGGGUUCAAACACCCAGGGUUCAAAGAAAUAUUUUUAGGAGGUUUCUGGGUGACUAGUUGUAGCAAAACCCCAGUCAAUUGAGGCAGUUUUUGGCUCAGUGGAUGGAGAGCCAGACCUCGAGAGAGGAGGUCCUGGGUUCAAAUCUGGCCUCAUAUACUUUCUAGCUGGGUGACCCUGGGCAAGUCACUUAACCUGAUGGCCUUACCCUUGCCACUCUUCUGCCUUGGAACUGAUGCUUAGUAUUGAUUCCAAGAUGGAAGGUAAGACUUAAAAAAAAUACCAAGCUGAGGGUAUCUGCUGGGGAACUUUCCAGCUGAUAGCAUCAGUCCUUUGUUCCGUGUACCUUGAUAGCACUGGUCACUAACUAUGGGUGGGUCAUCUUUAGGUCUCUAAGAGACGCCUGCCCAGUCUGUUGAUAUCCUCAGCUCCCCCUACCUGGCACAGGUCCUUGUUGUAGACCCCUACAAGCUGACCAAAGCUAGGCAAAGAAGAGGUGGUUCUUGGACUCUGGAUCCCCAUGACAGCCUUGGAGAAAUGCAUGGACCUCUUUUCUAAAGAAUAUUUUCAAGCCAUUGAAUGCAAUAUUCAAUUUCAGUUAGAGGUUAAGUGAAAACAAAGAUGGGAUUUUUUUUCCCCUUAUCUAAAUCCACAGAUCCCCUGAAAUCUCUCCACAGAGCCGGCCUGGGGUAAGAAGUCCUAGAGUCCUGACCAUCUUGAACCUCCUAUUAUCCCUUUCUGAGAACAGUAUUACAAGAAAAUACUUGAAGACUAAAGACAUUUUUUUGUUGUGGGCAAUGGAGAUCGAAUUCAUUAUCCCCUCUUAUGUUGAUUUUUUUUUCAGAAUGAAUCAAUGCAUUCAGAAUUCAGCAGUUGCAGGGGUCCUUUAUUUUUAUUGUUUUUUUUCAAUUACAUAUAAUAUUGUGUUGAUUUUUUGCUAAUUCACACUUACUUUGGGGGCAGAAAAGACUUCUAGAAAGCAGAUGAAUGAAUGACCUGCUAAUUCUUUUUGCUCUUUCCCCUGAGAGGCCCAAGCAAAUGCUGCAACGAGUUGAAGGGCUGGUUAACUGAAGGCUGAAGAUAAAGUCGCUAGCUUGGCAGAUUUGGGGGGGAAGUGAUGAUAUGGGCCCCAAGGCCAACCACUAAAGUUUCAGGGAACAAAAAGACCAGGAAUAAGCUUCUCUGGAUGUAACUGCUCACUCGACUCAACUUCCUCUUUUUUUUUAAAUUCCGGAAAGUAAUUUCCCCCCCAACUGCUGUGGCCUCUUUCUCUCUUUCCCAGUAUCUUAACUGCAACCCAGUUUUCCAACUCCCUGGGCACCAAGCAGCCAGUUGGGCCCAAGACUAUACUACCCAGAAGCCCUUCCCAGAGAAAUGGGACCCACUCCAGCAAAUACCAAGUUGGGCUGCAUACUGUUCUGUGGAACAUAGCUAAUAAUAGCUUGUCAAGGUUUGCAAAGCACUCCGUGUUCAUGAUCUCAUUUGCUCCUGUGAUGUAGUUGCUAUUAUUAUCUCCGUUUUGCAGAUGGGGUAGCUGAGACUCGGAGGGAAAUGACUCCGCCAGGGUCAUCCGUAGCCGAGUUGGGAUUAUUCAAACCCAGGUUUCCCUAUCUUUAAGACCAGUAGUCUCUCCUCCACCUGGGAUGCAGGGGAGACAGAGACAGAGCCCAGGGGAAGUCCAUUGAGAAAGUGAAAAUAUAGCCUUGCCUGCUGAGGUUUGACCCUCAGGUGACUUGAGCCUUACUGACUUUCAGAAUUAGAACUGUAGGUAGCCCACUUUAUCUUGAUUCCUGUUUUGCUGGCCCAGCUUUUUCAAAGAGACAAGGAGACCUGCAAGGUGAUGAUCAAUAAUAUUUUUCAUCCCUUUUGUAAAUAUUUCCCUUUAUGAAAGUGAGAAGGAGUUUGAAUUUUUCCCUUUGGCAGGGGAGGAGAAGAAAACCUUCCCAAACCUUAAAUGCACUGUUAAAUCAAGAAUCUUAGUUAAGUAGAGCUUGUGAGCCAGGCACUGUGCUCCAUGCUUUCCAAAGAUCAGCUCAUCCAUUCCUGGGAGGUAGGUGCUACUACUAUCGGUUCAUGUUUGUGAGUUCAAAUCUGGCCUCAAACAUUUAUUAGCUGUGUGAUCCCAGGCAAGUCAUUUAACCCUUUUGGCCCCAGUUUCCUCAUCUGUAAAAUGAACUGGAGAAGGAAGUGGCAAACCACACCAAUAUCUCUGCCAAGAAAAUCCCCAAUGGGGUCACAAAGAGUCAGACAGGACUGAAAAUGAUCGAUCAAUAACAGGUGCUCUAAUUACCCCCCAUUUUACAGAUGAGGAAACUGAGACAGAGGUGGAGCCUAGAGUCCUACAGCUCCUAAGUGUCUGAGGCAGGAUUUGAGACUGGCUUUGCUGCCUCUGUAUACAAUGGCACCACCUAGCAGCUUCUAUGACCCCAGCAGUCCCUUGGGUUCUAGAUGUGGGAUCCUGUAGGAUUCUGCAAAAAGAGAGGCAUCAUGGCUAUGGGGGGAUAGGAUGCUAGAUUCGGAGUCAAGAAAGCCAGAAUUCAACUCCUCCCUCUGUCACUUAUUAGCUGUGUGACUCUGGGCAAUUUACUUUAUCUCUCUGUACCUCAGGGGAGGAGGUUGACCACUAAGGUCCCUGCUAGCUCUGUGGAAGUCUAGUUCUUCUAAGAAGAAUCAGUCCCUUCCAGUGCUCCGAUGGCAUUGACCUUGUCUGGAGAAAUAAGUCAGUGGCCCCAUGGAUAGAGUGCUGGGCUUGUGGUGAGGAAGUCCUGAGUUCAAAUCCUGACCCUGGGCCAGUCACUUAACCUCUGGUUUACCUCAUUUUCUUCAUCUGUAAAAUGGGAAUAAUAAUAGCCCCUACCUCUCAGGUUGUGAGGAUUGCGGAAAUAACUGUAAAGCACUUAGCACAGUGCUUGGCAUGUAGUGAGCGCUAUAUACAUAUUAGCUAUCAUCAUCUAUUUUCCUGAAUAGGUACAACGGAAAAAUGACCUGCAGAGGGAGCCAAAGGCUCAGGCACCUCCCUCUUGGAGCCCAACCCCUAUGGGAAAGAGAGGAGGCACGUUUCCAUGGAUUUCCUUGCCUCCCCGCCUUCUCUCCUUACAGUUUCUUCCCAGAAGCCCUCACUAAGAGACUAACUGGAUUCCUUUGGGUGCUCUCUAAUUCCCUCCCCUUUUCGGGCCAAACCCGUAGUUAGGGUUCCUUUUCUCCAGGUGUGCAAAAGGGCAGGGAAUGCAUGCGGAGUCUCAGCCCUGCCCUGUCCUUUGUGCAGCAUUGUGGGUAAGCGAGGAUGACCGCCACGGGUCAGAACGUGCCCUGCAGCUCUCUAGGAGGAGACAAUAGUAUUUCGCCUACCCUCGAAUUCUCCCUAGGAAGCGGGGUUAGAAAACAACAAUAAAUACUUCCGGACAAAUAAACUGGGCUGCGUGCCGCAGCUUGGAAUUACCUGGGCUGCCCCGCCUCUUUCCUCCUUUGCUGGGAAGAAUGACCAGAUGCCCCAGAGGCUUGUGGGCGCAGCCCGGGGCCAGCCACCGCUCCCUGGGCUCUCCCGCCCUCUCUGAAGAGCUCCGAAUCUUGUAGCUGUCUCUGGAGGCCGCCCAGGUUGGGAAGGGCGUUCUGGGACCCGCCGCCAGAUCGCUUUCCGAUACCUCUUCUGAGCCUUUCCCUUCCUCUAACCCAGUUUCUAGCCGAGUGCCCACUUCUUGGUGGGAGACGGGUUUGGUAGAGCAAUGGCGGUGAUUGCUGCGUGGACAGGGUCCUCUCGACCACUACGGGGAAAAUAGGCUUUUCCAGAGUUCUCGUCGCAGCUUAAUAAAGCGUUGUGUGUUCAUGGGAGUUGAUGUCUUUGGAGGGAAGGAUGUUUGGGAACAAUCCCAAGGCUUGCUGGGUAUUGGUGGCCCAUCCACCUUGAUUCCAGGGAGGAACGGAAGCAGAGGGAAUGAUGGGUUUGGGAUGCAGUUUAGAGCUGAAAGGAGCCUUAGAGAUAGAUUCUGGGGGCUGACCACUUCAUUUUACAGAGGAGGAGGAGAUCCAGGGCCUGGACUGACAAGUGGGGGUGUCAGGGACAGAACUUUCUUUUUAUGUUUCAAAAUUUUUAUUUAGUAUUUUAUAUAUGUAUAUAUAUAAUAUAGAAUUUUUUCUAUGGCUACAUGAAUCAUGUUAUUUCCCUCCACCUCCCGCCCUCCAGGCGACAUGCAAUUCCACUAGGUAUUACAUGUGUCACUGAUCAAGACCUAUUUCCAUAUUAUUGAUAUUUGCACCAGGGUGAUCUCUUAGAGUCGACAUCCCCAAUCAUAUCCCCAUUGACCCAUGUGAUCAAGCAGUUGUUUUUCUUCUCUGUUUCCGCUCCCACAGUUCUUCCUCUGGAUGUGGACAGCAUCUUUCUCAUGAGUCCCUCAGGAUUGUCCUGGGUCAUUGCAUUGCUGCUAGUAGAGAAGUCCAUUACAUUCAAUUGUGCCAUAGUGUAUCAGUCUCUGUGUAUAAUGUGCUCCUGGUUCUGCUCCUUUCACUCUGCAUCAGUUCCUGGAUGUUGAUCCUGUUCACAUGGAAUUCCUCCAGAAUAUUAUUCAAAAGAACUUUCUCUUGAAAACCCAUACCUUCAAACUCAGGUCCAGAACUCCAGCCCCUAAAGGAGAGAUGUAUUGUUCAGUCCUUUCCCAUUUAUUUGUUUGUUUGUUUUGAGCAAAAAUACUGGAGUGGUUUGCCAUUUCCUUUUCUAUACAUUUGAGGCAAAGAGUUAAAUGGCUUGCCCAGGGCCAUACAGCUAGUAAGUGUCUAAGGUCAGAUUUGAAGUCAUGAAGAUAAGUCUUCCUGGCCUAUUGCUCCCACUAGAUGCUUAAAGGAGAGAUAUAAGAACCAAAUUAAAAUAGAAGGGGGGGGGGCAGCUGGGUGGUUCAGUGGAUUGAGAACCAGGUCUAGAGAUGGGAGGUCCUAGGUUCAAAUUUGACCUCAGAUUCUUCCCAGCUGGGUGACCCUGGGCAAGUCACUUGACCCCCAUUGCCUAGCCCUUACUAUUCUUCUGCCUUGCAACCAAUACACAGUAUUGAUUCUAAGAUGGAAGGUAAGGGUUUUUUUUUUAAAAAAUGGAACUGGGAAAUAUUUAAUAAAAUAAAUAAAACUAGAGCAAAACAUGGAUAAUGUUAAUAUGUGAUUUUCUAAGUUUACAUGCUACUGACAUGUAAUCCUUGUGUUUAAUUUAGUGACCCCCUGUUUUUUUUUUCCUUCUUUAAACCCUUACCUUCUAUCUCAGAAUUGGUACUAAGUGUUGGUUCCAAGGCAGAAGAGUGGUUAGGGCUGAUGUUUAAGUGACUUUCCAGGGUCACAGAGCUAGGGACUAUCGGAGGGCAAAUUUGAACCCAGGACCUCCCAUCUCCUGAGCUGGCUAUGUGUCUGCUGAGCCCCAUAGCUACACCACACCCCUUGUUUCUAUUUGUUUAAUAGCACUGUUUUAACCCAUGAGGGUUCCAGCUUUGACUUCCAGAUCUAUCACCUACCUGUGUGACAGACUUCAGGUAGGAUUCUAAACAGGGUCUUCUGCUCUCCUAGAUUUGCAUUUUUUAAAACUAGUAAACUGUUGCUCAGGAUCUCAAAGGUGGCAAGUGUCCUGAAGUAGGAUUUAAACCCAGAUGUCCAGAUUCUGAGGGUAUCAAACUGAAACAAUGACAACAAAAACGAAGCCCUUAAACCCUUGGAGAGAAUCCUUGCUAG